UUAUUGAUGAAAAUGUUUGUUGUUAUUAUCAUGGUUGUUAUAGGCUUCAACCCCCCACCACCCCCACCCGGUGUGACCGCGCUGCGCCCCCUAGCGGGGAGCCUCCAGCCGAGCCGCGGAGCGUCACAGCACCGGUGUCCGUCCCCCGAGCCGGAGUGAAAGUUGAGUCCGCUCGGAGACGCGAGCUCCCGGGAUUCGCUGGUUCGAAGCUCCGCCGCCGCCGCUCCACACGCAGACAUGAGGCGGAAACAGAAGCGGCUGCUGCAGGUCGCCGGGCUGCUCGUGGCGGCUCUGCUCUUCCUCCCGAACGUCGGGCUCUGGUCGCUCUACCGGGACCGAGUGUUCGACAACUCCUCGCCCGACGCGGCGGACAUCCCUCUGGUACAGGUGAACCGGGUCGGGAAGGAACCUCAGGUGGGCAGAGGUGGUGUUCAGAGGAGAGACUGGCAUGACUACGAGGCCAUCAGGAGAGACGCCUCUCGAUCCGGAAAUGGAGAGCAGGGGAAAGCAUUCCCUCUAACGGAUGCGGACCGGGUGGACCAGGCCUACAGGGAGAACGGCUUCAACAUCUACGUCAGCGAUCGCAUCUCCUUAAACCGCUCUGUCCCAGACAUCCGCCAUCCCAACUGUAAGCAGAAGCUGUAUGCAGAGAAGCUUCCCAACACCAGCGUCAUCAUCCCGUUUCACAACGAGGGCUGGUCGUCGCUGCUGAGGACGGUUCACAGCGUGCUCAACCGCUCUCCUCCGCAGCUCAUCGCAGAGAUCAUCCUGGUGGACGACUUCAGCGACAAAGAACACCUGAAGGCUGCGCUGGAGGAGUACAUGGUGCGCCUCCCAAAGGUUCGCAUCCUGAGGACCAGGAAGAGGGAAGGUCUGAUCCGGACUCGGCUGCUCGGCGCCGCCGCCGCUAAAGGAGAAGUCAUCACCUUCCUGGACUCUCACUGUGAGGCCAACGUCAACUGGCUUCCUCCUCUGCUGGACCGGAUCGCCCAGAACAGGAAGACCAUCGUGUGUCCGAUGAUCGACGUCAUCGACCACGAUAACUUUGGCUACGAGACGCAGGCGGGGGACGCCAUGCGGGGGGCGUUCGACUGGGAGAUGUACUACAAACGCAUCCCCAUCCCCUCUGAGCUGCAGAACAACGACCCCAGCGAGCCUUUCGAGUCUCCGGUGAUGGCGGGCGGUCUGUUUGCUGUGGACAGGAAGUGGUUCUGGGAGCUGGGUGGAUAUGACACGGGUCUGGAAAUCUGGGGAGGAGAACAGUACGAGAUCUCAUUCAAGGUGUGGAUGUGCGGAGGACGGAUGGAGGACAUCCCCUGCUCUCGGGUGGGACACAUCUACAGGAAGUACGUCCCUUACAAAGUCCCCGGGGGUGUCAGCCUUGCCAGGAACCUGAAGCGUGUGGCUGAAGUCUGGAUGGACGAGUACGCUGAGUACAUCUACCAGCGCCGACCCGAGUACCGGCACAUCUCAGCGGGAGACGUGACAACGCAGAAGGAGCUGCGCAGCCGGCUGAACUGCAGGAGCUUCAAGUGGUUCAUGAAGGAGGUGGCCUGGGAUCUGCCCAAACAUUAUCCUCCAGUGGAGCCUCCUGCCGCCGCGUGGGGGGAGAUCCGGAGCGUGGGAAACGGCUUGUGUAUGGAGAGCAAACACUUUGUGUCCGGGAGUCCCAUCCGGCUGGAAAACUGCGUGAAGAACCGAGGAGAAGUCAGCUGGAGCCACGGACAGGUGUUCACGUUUGGCUGGAGAGAGGACAUCCGUGUCGGAGACCCUAUGCACGCCAAGAAGGUCUGCUUUGACGCAGUUUCUCACAGCAGCCCCGUCACGCUGUACGAUUGUCAUGGCAUGAAGGGGAACCAGCUGUGGCGCUACAGACAGGACAAGAGUCUGUACCACCCCAUCAGCAACAGCUGUGUAGACAGCAGUCCCACGGAGAGGCGUGUCUUCAUGAGCACGUGUGACCCCACCUCCCCCGGCCAGCAGUGGCUGUUUGAGCGGACCAACGCCACCGUCCUGGACAGCUUCAACCAUGAAGCCCUCUGAGGCGGCGCCGCUCCUGGGAGGUGGGAGGGUCAUGCUGGGAUACGGCGUGGGAGGCUGACGGUUCAUCUCUGAUGGAUGUGGAUUUUUGGUUUUGUGAGAGCACCCCCCGCCCGCCCCUUCCUAUCCACCUCCAUGACCGCCUUUACCCACUCUUUCCACUCUCUGCCUCUUAAGUCUCUCUGACUGGGGGGGGGGGUUUGAAUCAAAGUGAUGCUCGGUGAAUCCAGGCAGAACCAGGAAAUGGGUUCCCUACUUUCCCCGGGUGUGGCCUCGCUGGCUGAUGAGGGGAAGAGCCUACGGCCUUUUGCACAUGCUCAGAUGGUGUCGGUGUGUACCUCCCCCUCCCCCUACCUCCACCCAAUACCCUCCCCCUCCUCCCCCAAAUCCACAAGUCGCUCUCAGACUUGUCACUGUGCCACAUUGUGUCUUUGUGAGGCGAAGGCGGUCCAAUGCUGGUCUGGUUCUGGUGCACUUGGACCGGGUUCCUGUUGCGUCUCUAAAGGUCAUCUUGAUCAGAGCGAGAACCCUCUGACCCCUCCCCCUGAGGAGGCUUUCCUGUCCGACUGCCCCAUGCCGCCUCGCCUCCGUAGCAGCUGGUUGGACGGAAGCGGUCGGGUCGUAACUCCAGAACCUGACAGAACCUUUAGUGCCUUGUUGGACCUGAUGUUGCGUUUCUGCUGGAGCUCUUUUCUUGGAUCCAAUCGUCUUUGCUGGAGAUUUUCUGUGACUUUCUGAGUUUUAUGAUCUGAAGCCGAGACGUCCGGUGGGACAGCGAACGCACCACCGGUUUUCUGAGGGACUGAAUUGGGGGUGUUCCCUUCCGGGCCUGGAGGUUCAGUAUCAAGCCAGUUUUAGUGGUUUCUCUGCUUCAAAGCACUUGGCUCACCUGUGCAGCAGCUCAUCGGGCUCUACAGAAGCCGGUUUAUCACCUGCUGAGUGAAAUCAGGUGUGUUGGAACCGAAUUAAAACCAAAACGUGCUGGACCAGACCUCCCGGCCUGGAAUCCAAGACCCCUGGACUAAAAGAUCCAGGAUUUUUUUCCACCAUUGUUGCUCCUGCCUUUAAACACAGCCCUUAGUCACUUCCUGUCUGCACUUUGACUCCGUGUUGUUUUGUUUCUCCAGAGGAAGAGGAGUAACUGCUGAUCAUCACUCCUCUAAACUGAUUUUGUUGUAUUUUAUUUUAAUUUUGGGUUUGGGGAUUAACGGGAAUAACAGCUUCCACCUCUUUACUCCAGGGGUGGUUUUGUUUUUAUAUUUCAUUCUGAGCUUUGUUUGUAAGAGUCCAGGAACUUUCCAGAUAUGCAUCGCAAAGAUUUAACAUCAGGAAAAGGAAUACUUAUGAAUAAAAUCACGUUUUCUUU